UGUUUCUUUGUUGUGAGUCUAGUCAGUGGAGCUCUGCCUCUCCCAGGAGCGCGUCAACUCAUUGUUUCCAGAGGAUCCAGCAGAAAAAAGUCCAUUGUUGUUGCGAACUUUUUAAUCUGGGAUUUAAAGCACAUCACAUGCUCAGACUGAGCAGCGGGGCGCUCCAACACAACUGCAUGUUGCAGAGGAAAACUAGUCAUCCCGACUGAAGAGGACUGAGGAAAACACUUUUAUUCACACUUUGGUGGAGUUUAGGAUCGCCCACUGGAGAAGUGUUGUUAAAAGAGGAGGAACUUUUUUUAUUCUCUGGAGACACACCAUGACGCUCAAGUACAGCCAGCGGUCUCUCAUAGUCCUGUCUUUACUGGGGAUUUUAUCGGCCAUCAUGUCGGUUUUAUCGGUCAUUUUGAUUUUCCAGCUUCAGUCUCAGCAGACGGUGGUGAAGGAGUCUCCUCCGUCCACCUCCGCGCUGCUGCCGGCUCCUGUCUGGUCCGUGCUGCUGCCUCUCUCCGCGGUUCUCUCUGCUCUGUCUCUCACCCUCCACCUGAGCUCUGUGGUGGUCUGUCUGCUCCACAGCUACUUCUCCACAGAGGUCUGCAGAGGAGAGCACGACACUGAAAGAGCAGACUGGUUCCUUUUGGAUAGCAGAGCUGUACGACACGUGGCUAUCGGACUGUUCUGCCUGGGGGUUUCGGUCUACUUGGCAGCUAUGUCCAUCUUUAUGCUCCUCGUAUUUGAGGUGGAGACGGGCAUCGCAAGCGCUUGCGUGCUCUCCUCUGGGAUCUUGAUCCUGCUGGUCGUUGUGAUCCACUCUCUGUUCAAAGCUUCUCGCAGUGCUAAGCACGGUCACAUCGACCACCUCGACACCCUCUACCAGAAUGACCAUGGGAGCAGCAGCCCGCCCGUCUCCUGCCUACGUGAGCUCAAAAUCGGCAUGGACAAACCGCGGAUGCACCGCAGCCAGUCUCACCUCCAGCAUCCGAUCCCCUACCCUCAAUGUGGCGACCUGAGACCGCAACAGUACCAGCAACCGCAGUACUCCCCUGCUGGAGGCUCCCAGGGCCACGCUAGUGAUAAAGACGGCUACAGCAGCGGUGGCAGCUGUCCCAGAAUGCACAGGACCCUGUCUACUGAGUCUGGUCUACUGCAGGCCCAGGCUAAACCCUGGAACGGGGUCAACAACGAGAUGAGGAGCGUCCUUGCACGCAAGUCAGGGAUUUCCGCAAAAGACUCUACUCUUGUGUGAGAUAAAGGAAGCUGAGCUUGUGGUUAAAGACACUGAUGACCUUUAAGCAUCACAAGAGGACUGCUAACACAAGUGUCAUCUCAAACAGACAUAGAUCUGUCAGUUUGUUGUACCUUCUCAGCAUGUUCAUCCUGACCGAUACAGAUUGGAAAAGAGUACCGAAGCUUUCACCUUUAUCAGCUGAUUUAUCCUGUUCAGAUUAUAAAGCAUUUUAAAUUUGAUGAAAAACAUAUUGAGCACAGCUUUUGUAUAAUUUGUAGUGUUUAGGUAUGAAUGAGCUUGAUUUAAAUCUCACCAGUGUUGCCCAAGUAUCAAUGUGGCAAAUGUAUAGCUUUCAUUGUAAUAAUGUGAAUACUUUAUUCCGCUGUAUAUGGUGGCUUUUUUUUUGCCAAAUAUUUGUGCACAAUGUGCAGAUGUAUUUUUGUUAUGUGAUGUUCAAAAUUAUUUCAUAUCAACCAUAAAUUAAUUAAUUUUAGA